AUUUAACUCACAAGUGUUCGCCGCGUUCCCUCGUAGAGAGCAGCUGCACUGCGGAGAUAAGAUUAUUGGAAAACAUUGGAUUUAGCUUUACCGAUUUAGCUGGAAUCGAUUCAUAGUGCAAAAUGCUCUUGAUCGCAGUAGUCGUGUUUCUUCUGACGGCAGCUAUUCUCAUCCAUCGCGGCCAGCGAAGGAGUCGGGAGGCGGUCGCCAAUCUGCCCGGUCCCCUCUGUCCGCCCUUAGUUGGUGCCCUGCAUCGGGUGUUCAAACUGAAUCCAAAGAGUUUCUUAUCAGAGGCCAAAAAGAAUCUUGAAAAAUUGGGACGCUUGCAGCGAAUCUGGAUCUUUAAUCGCCUGCAAAUUGUAAGUAGCGAUGUGGAGUUCAGCGAGCAGGUACUUGCCAACCAGGAGCACCUGGUAAAGCAUACGGUAUACAAGCUCCUUGGCCAGUGGCUGGGCAAUGGCCUUCUCCUCAGCGAUGGCAAAGUGUGGCAUCAGCGUCGCAAGAUCAUCACUCCAGCGUUUCACUUCUCGAUACUCGAUCAGUUUGUGGAGGUCUUCGAUCAGCAGUCGACUAUCUGCAUUAAGCGUUUAGAGCAAAAGGCCGAUGGCAAAACUAUCUUCGAUGUGUAUCCCUUUAUCUGCAUGGCAGCGCUGGACAUCAUUGCGGAAACGGCAAUGGGCACCAAGGUGAAUGCCCAAUUGGCGGAGAGUACGCCCUAUGCAAAUGCCGUUAAUGAAUGUACUGCGCUGAUGGCCUGGCGCUUUAUGUCCGCUUAUCUGCAGUUCGAGUUGCUCUUCACGCUGACGCAUCCGCAUCUCAAAUGGCGUCAAAUUAAGCUCAUUCGAACCAUGCACGAGUUCACCAUCAAGGUAAUCGAGCAGCGUCGCCAAGCCCUGCAGGAGGAGCUGGAGCAGAAGCAGCAGCUGGACAAGGACCAGGACCAGGACCAGGUGGACAAUGAAGUGGGCAGCAAGCGUCGCAUGGCUCUGCUGGAUGUGCUGCUGCAGGCGAAGGUGGAUGGACGACCGUUGAGCAACGACGAGAUCCGCGAGGAGGUGGACACGUUCAUGUUCGAGGGUCAUGAUACGACAACCAGUGCGAUUUCGUUCUGCCUGUGGUGUAUCUCGAGGCAUCCAGAUGUCCAGGAUAAAAUGCAGGCAGAGAUUUUACAUGUGCUUGGCACCGAUCGCAGCCGAACGAUCACCACACGCGAUCUCAGCGAACUGAAGUAUACGGAGUGUGUCAUGAAGGAGUCACUGCGUCAGUUUCCGCCAGUGCCCCUGCUGGGACGCAAAUUGCAUUCGGACUUUAAGUACACCCACUCCAAGGUGGGUGAUGGUAUCAUUCCCGCCGGCGCAGAGAUCCUAGUCGCUAUCAUUGGCAUGCAGAAUGAUGCCCUGUACUUCCCAGAGCCAGAACUGUUCAAGCCCGAGCGGCACGAGAAUGGCGAACGUUCCUCAAACUUUGCCUAUGUGCCUUUUAGUGCCGGACCCCGGAACUGUAUUGGCCAGAAGUUUGCCCAAUUGGAAAUGAAGAUGAUGCUGGCGAAGAUUGUGCGUGAAUUCGAACUGCUGCCAAUGGGUGACCCAGUUCAGCCUGUGGUCAACAUUGUGCUGCGAUCGGACAAUGGCUUCCAGAUGGGCAUGCGUAGACGCAAUGCCACCGGAGAAACCAAAUAAAGUAUUUCACGUAUAUUCA